AUGAUAUCUCUAAAAAGUGAGAUUAAAAGUGAUUUUAAAAUAGAGAUGAGUUGUAUUUGGCAUUUUUCAUUCUUUAAACAUUAAAAACCAAAUAGUCCGUCUACUUUAUCACAUUGAUUUGCCGGCUCCCUGUUAAACCCCACUUCUAAUUGGCGGAAGAGCAGCAGCAGCCGCCGCCGCCGCCUACUACCAUGAACUCCUCCGGUGACAACCAGCGAUGCAAGAAGAGGAAGAAAGUUUUGACGCCAGAGAUGCAAUUCCGUUUAAGCCUCGACCAGUGCUCCAAAAACAAAGACCUCGCCACCGCAAUCUCCCUCUACGACGCCGCCGUCUCCCAACCAUCCUCAAUCCGCCUCUCAAACCAACAUUUCAACUCAUUCCUCUAUAUUUGCUCCAAUUCCGUUUCCAAUCCGGAAACCAAGCAGUCCGCAAUUGAAUUUGGUCUCCGUGUAUACCAGAAUAUGGCUUCCUGCGGCGCCAUCCCCAAUGAGGCUACCGUCACCUCCGUUGCCCGCCUGGCCGCCGCCAAUAACGAUGGAGAUGCUGCCUUCGAGCUUGCAAAAGGUGUCGGGUAUGCCGGGAGGCUUAGGACAUAUGGACCGGCUCUCUUUUGCUUUUGUGGAAAUGGGGAUGCUGAUAAGGCCUAUAAAGUGGAGGAGCAGAUGGUAUCCAUUGGUCUGCAACUUGAAGAGCCCGAGCUUUCUGCUCUGUUAAAGGUGAGUGUGGAGAGAGGGAUUGAAGAGAAUGUCUAUAAAUAUUUGCACAAGUUGAGAAUGGCUGUAAGGGGAGUCAGCGAGAUGACAGCAGAGAUCAUAGAGAGCUGGUUUAGAGGGGAAGUUGCGGUUAAGUCUGGUUUACUUGAAUGGGAUGCUAAUCAGAUGAAAGAAAUGAUUGCACGAAAUGGAGGUGGGUGGCAUGGACUUGGAUGGCUUGGGAAGGGCAACUGGGUGGUGCAGAGAUCAAAUAUUGCUUCUGAUGGCCGGUGUCUCACUUGUUCAGAGCUGUUGGUGUGUGUUGACAUUGAUAGGGCAGAUACCGAGAUGUUUGCACAUUCGGUUGCAUCCUUAGCCAUAGAAAGGGAAUCCCAAUCCAGUUUUAAAGAGUUUCAGGAUUGGCUGGAAAACCAUUCUGAAUUUGAAGCUGUAGUGGACGGAGCAAAUGUCGGGCUCUAUCAACAAAACUUUGUCGAGGGCUGCUUUAGUGCUUCUCAGCUUAUUGCAGUUGUUAAUCAUUUGCAUAAUAGGAGCAAUAAAUGGCCCCUUGUUGUCUUGCACAAAAAGCGUGUUCGGGCACUUCUUGAAAAUGCUACCCACAGAGAGCUAUUUGAGAAAUGGAUAAAUGAAGGAGUGCUUUAUCCAACACCUUAUGGAUCGAAUGAUGACUGGUACUGGCUUUAUGCUGCUGUGAAACUCAAGUGUUUGCUUGUGACAAAUGAUGAAAUGAGAGAUCACAUUUUUCAGCUUUUAGGUAGCAAUUUCUUUACCAGAUGGAAAGAAAGACAUCAGGUACGGUACACAUUUUUGAAAGGCAGCCCAAGCAUUUCAUCCCCACCCUCAUUUUCCAUUGUCAUCCAGGAAUCUGAGAAAGGAUCUUGGCAUGUGCCCCUGGCAAGUGAAUCUGAUGAAGAGUCUUUGAGGGCAUGGCUCUGCAUCACAAGACCAUACUGCAAAGACUUGAAUGAUAAGGUACAAGAUAAUCUAGCAGCUUCUGAAACCAGUGAAAUCCCUAGCAGUGAUCAUCGAUCCCCAGUUCCAAACGGGAAUUCUGAUUCUUCAAACGACUUUAGUAAUAACCCUCUGUUAAUAGCUGGUAAGAGGAAAGACAGGACUUGAUCUUCAUUGAACUGUCUGCAAUGCAUCGUCUCUUGAAUGCAUGAACGUUUACAAAAUUGUAACCUGAUAUUCACAUAAAAAAAGUUAUAGAUGUGCAACAUUUGAGCAAAUUCUGAAUAAAAAUUUGAAUUUUAACAUAUGAUCUUGAAAUACAGUACUAAUUAAUCU